UUUUCCAAUCCCUUCAUUGCAAAGCCUGAACCUUUAUAGCAACAUUUGCAGUUGUUCAUAUACUCCGGUUCAGGCCAAAUCCUUGGAGAAAAUUGGCUCUAUUUCUAUAGAUAUACAAGAUGCCGGAUUGGGGUCCAGUUUUCGUGGCUGUGGUGCUGUUCAUUCUGUUGACUCCGGGUCUUUUGAUUCAGAUUCCGGGUCGGAACCGGUUCGUGGAGUUCGGCAACUUCCAGACCAGUGGAUCAUCCAUAUUGGUUCAUUCUAUUAUCUACUUUGCUCUCAUUUGCAUUUUCUUGUUGGUUAUUGGGGUUCAUAUGUACAUGGGCUGAUAAUCACUGUCCUAUUUGGAUUAAAUCUUUUUUUUUUUUUUUUGGUUUAUUUCAGUUUUCAAUUUAUGUACUCGGAUUAUUUGGUUUCAGUGGGACUGAAUUGAUUUUUGCUGCU